AUGAGUGAUUUCAGUCAACUCUAUCAGCAGGGGCUUUAUCUCUCCCCCGACCAGCAGGACCUUUUGCUGGCGGCCCUCUCCUCAAACAAUCCCGCACCCAAGCAACAGUCUCAAAUCAUUCAGACACCCGCGGUCAAGCCCAAUCACAGCCCGGACCGGUCAUCGUCGUACGGCGCAAGCGCUCCGCCCUCUGGAGGCUUCGAAAGCGCCCAGCUCGGUGCAUUGGCUUUUACGGAAGAUGAAAGCCCCUUCCUAGAUUUCAACCCUGAAUUGGAUUUUGAAUUCCCGGACUCUGCAAACCUCAUCGGUGAACUUCCUGGUACCGCUGCUUCAAAUGAGUAUGAUGUUGGCGAGAAGCGCAAGUCGAUGGAUGGCAAGUCUGAGGUGGACGGGGAUGAAAAUGGCAAGAAGCGGCGCGAGAGCGAGGCGAAGAAGCCCGGUCGGAAGCCAUUGACCUCAGAACCAACUACGAAACGCAAAGCUCAGAAUCGGGCCGCUCAACGUGCCUUCCGCGAGCGAAAGGAAAAACAUCUCAAGGAUCUCGAAGCCAAGGUGGAAGAAUUGCAGAAGACAUCCGAUAAUGCGAACCAGGAAAAUGGUCUCCUCCGUGCCCAGGUGGAGAGGCUACAAGUCGAACUGCGGGAGUAUCGCAAGCGUUUGUCUUGGAUGACUAGCAGUAAUGGCUUGUCCGCCAUGAGUGCAAUUCCCAGCGCUCACUCCCAAGGUGCAUACGGUCUGCAGAAUAACGAAUUCCUGUUCGAUUUCCCCAAGUUUGGUGACCUCCCCGGAUCCCACCUGUUCAAUGGCCAGUCGAAUAAGAAUGAUCAGACCCCGAACAAAAACCAGUCUGUUCGGGCGCCGGGAGUUAUGGCUCGCGAUACCCUCAAUGGCGUGUCGACUGCCCCCACAGCCAAGUCCACCACCGAUACCGAGACGACUGGACCGGGAAGCGUCAACUCCUAUUAUGCUGGCUCUUCUAGCACUACUCCCAGCAGCGUGCACUCGAGUAGGAACGCGUACAACAACUACUCAACUCCAUCCGCCACACACCGGGAAGCCUCGAACUCAGAUUCACCUUCAUCUUCCUCAGACUCCCACCAGAGCCAGUUGCUCUCAUCCAACGGCACCUCGCCUGAGCCUAGUUUGAGCUCUCCGCUUCAAACUAAACCCAGUGAUAAUGUCAACAGCUGUGAAAUCCAUGGCUCCACCAACGGUGAGGAAACCUUCUGUGCGAAGCUUGGCAUGGCCUGCGGCAACAUCAAUAACCCUGUGCCAGCUGCUCGAGAUCCGGCCAAGGCCCAAAGCGUCUCCCGCGAACAGUCGGAGCCUGCCCACAAUAGCGACCAGGCCGCCUUUGACUGGUUGGCGCAACAGAACGGCGGUCAGUUUGAUCCCGUUCUCUUCGGUGACUGGCGAGAGCCCCAGGAUGCUGUGCUGUCUCAGGACUUUGGGUCAUUCUUCAACGAUGCUUUCCCGUUGCCUGAUCUAGGUAGCCCCUCCCACAACAUUACCGAGGCGGCUACGCAAGCAUCACAGCAGCCCCAGAAGAGGGACCUUAUCGCUCAAAUCGAUAGCAAGUUGGAGGAGGAAGUCGUGCCUGGAGAGGACAAGUCGCAGAUGCUGAGCUGCACUAAGAUUUGGGAUCGUCUUCAAUCCAUGGAGAAAUUCCGUAAUGGUGAGAUUGACGUGGACAACCUCUGCUCGGAACUUCGCACCAAAGCUCGCUGCUCGGAAGGCGGCGUCGUUGUCAAUCAGCGCGAUGUGGACGACAUCAUGGGACGUGCGAAUUGA